AUGAAGAUGUCAUCAUUCAAGGGAACAAGGGACCCAGACUUGUACCUUGAUUGGGAGAGAAAGGUUGAAGCCAUCUUUGAUUGUCACAACUACUCUGAGGGUAAGAAAGUUAAACUUGUUGUUGUUGAGUUUUCUGACUAUGCUGUUGUUUGGUGGAAAAAGCUUGCUAGGAAUAGAUUGCAAGAAGGACAAGCACCAGUUGCUACUUGGGCUGAGAUGAAGAGGGUGAUGAGGAAUAGAUUCGCGCUAUCACACUUUCAAAGAGAGCGACAACAACAUCUUCAAAUAUUGAAGCAAGGGUCCAUGUCUGUGGAUGAGUACUUUAAGGCUAUGGAUAUGGCUAUGAUCCAAGCUAAUUGUACAGAGGAAGAAGAGGCUACAAUGGCUAGAGCAAUCAACAAGAUUACGGUAAAGUAUCGCCACCCUAUUCCUCGUCUUGAUGACAUGUUGGAUCAAUUACAUGGAUCCAAAAUCUUUUCUAAAAUUGAUCUAAAAAGUGGUUACCAUCAGAUUCGAAUGAAUCCUGGAGAUGAAUGGAAAACUGCGUUUAAGACCAGAUAUGGGCUUUAUGAGUG